CCAAACAAGUCUGAGCAGCCUUUGUCAAGAAGCUGGACUGCGAAAAAGGUUUUCUUCAAAAAUGGAUGGGAUGUCUUCAGAGGCUAAUGAAGAAAAUGACAAUAUGGACAGACCUGUUAGAAGACGACAUUCUUCGAUCUUGAAGCCCCCAAGGAGUCCUCUUCAGGACCUUAGAGGUGGGAAUGAAACAGUUCAGGAAUCUAAUGCUUUGAGAAAUAAGAAAAGCUCUCGUCGAGUCAGCUUUGCAGAUACUAUAAAAGUAUUCCAGACAGAAUCUCAUAUGAAAAUAGUAAGAAAGUCAGAAAUUGCAGAAACAGAAGUGGGAGAAAAUGUUCUGUUUAUACAGAGUAAGAAUCCAGAAGAUAACUACUGUGAGAUUACUGGGAUGAACACAUUGCUUUGUGCUCCCAUUCAGACCCAGAUGCAACAGAGAGAGAUUUCAAUUACAGAAUACAACCAUGAAAGGAAACAUGCAAAUGACCAAACAGUCAUCUUUUCGGAUGAAAACCAGAUGGAUCUAACAAGAAGUCACACCGUAAUGAUUAACAAAGGCCUUUUAGAUUGUACUACAAGUGAAAAGUCCACUAAGAUAGAUACUACAUCAUUUCUGGCUAACUUAAAGCUCCAUACUAAGGAUUCAAGAAUGAAAAAAGAAUUAAAUUUUUCCAUGGAUCAAAGCACUUCUUCAGAAAAGAAAAUAAAUUUUAAUGACUUCAUAAAAAGAUUGAAAACAGGAAAAUCUAAUGCUUUUCCUACAGGACCUGAUAAAGAAAAUUUUGAGAUAUCUGUUCAUCCCAAAGAAUCAAAUAGGGCCUCUUCUGUACAUCAAAUGCAUGUGUCUCUUAAGGUAGAUGAAAAUAGUAAUAAUAUGACUAGAACCUUUAGAGAACAAGAUGAUGGGAUGAAUUUCACCCAGUGUCAUACAGCCAAUAUUCAGACUUUAGUUCCCACAUCCACUGAGGCCAGCUUAAGGGAAUUUAAAGGUGAUGAUAUUACAAUUUAUGGCAAUGAUUUUAUGGACUUGACAACUAAUCACACUAUACAGAAUUUACCCUCAGCAGAUAAUUUAUCUAAUAUAGAAAAUCAAACUCAAAAUGUCAUGAUGGAAGUUAUGACAGAUUAUGGAACUGAAGAUCCAGAAAAGAAGACAGUCUUUAAGAAUAAACCAAAUGCUGCUUUUCAAGACCCUUCUUUAAACCCUAAUGGUGAAAUACAUAUUACCAAAAGUCGUAUUACAGAAACUCACAUAGUCACACAGACUUCUAACCAAGAUGCCAGCACUUUGGCCAUAAUCCCAGGAUCUAUAUGUUCCAGCUCAGCUACUCAAGAUUAUAAGACAUUUUUCUGUUCUAGUAGUAAUGAUGCCAUGGAACUGACCAAGUGUCUCUCAGGUAUGAGAGAAGUGAAGAAUUUGCUGAAGAAUGAUAGUAAUUAUUCUAAAACUUAUCCCAAUCCAGAUGCCAUCUCUCUUCUCACAGAGAAAACUAUUUAUUCAGGAAUGGAUAACAUGGACAUUACCAGGAGUCAUACAGUUGUGAUAGAUAAUCAGAUUUUUAAAGAAGAUCACACAAAUACACAGAGAGCAGACACACCAAUAUCUGAAAAAGAAAUGAUGCUCCAAAAUCUCAUAAGCAGGUCAGAGGAUGGGGAAAUGAAUAUAAAUUGUAGCUCAGUUCCUCAUGUACCUAAGGGAAGAUUACAGCAGAGCCUGGCAAAUUCUUUGUCUAUUUUAUUGACUGGCAAAAAGACUGAAAUUUUCGCAGGUGAAGAUAUGGAUUUGACUAAAAAUCAUACAGCUAACUUGGGAAGUCAAUCUCCUCUUGUAUCUUGCAAUCUAAUAUCUGAGAAUACUAGUAAAUUUCACUCUCACAGCAAAAGCCCUUCAGAUGAAUGGAAAGAAAUGACCAAAAGUCAUAUUGAACCAUCCCAACAGCCAGACAUAAUAUCUAAAAACAUUCCAACUGACACCUGGAGUAAAGAAAAAGAUCAAGUUUUAAAGACUGCACCCUAUCUUGGUAAAGAUUCUCCUCAGUCAGCUGAUAUUAAUCAAGACAUAGCAACAAGCCACAGAAAUCUUGAGAAACAAAUAGAACUGGGAAAUAAUAGAAAUAUAGUUUCAUGUGAGGCAUCUUUGUUUCCUACCACAGAGCCACUAUUUUCAUUAGAAGAACAGUCUACCGUGAAAAAUCACAAUAUUGCUGUUAACAGUUACACAGUGAAAUCUGUAUCGGGCCAGAAUUCUAAACUGCCUGAGCCACUGAGGAAAAGUGUAGGCAAUCCCACACCUGACUGUUCCCAUAACAAGACAAUUAUUUGUUCAGAGGAGGAACAAAAUAUGGAUCUAACCAAGAGUCACACUAUUGUCAUUGGAUUUGGUCCUUCUGAAGUACAAGAAUUGGGUAAGACUAAUUUAGAAAAUACUAACUGCCAGCUAACAACAGUAGACAGAAAGAUAGCUGUAAAUGUUGAAAAAUGUAAUAAAAGUCCUACAGAAAAAACUGGAGUAUUUGUUUCUAAUGAUAAUAUAGACAUUUUAGAAGACAAAAGCAUUCAAAAACUUGGAUUUCUGAAUGAAAAUCAAGAUGUCAAAAUUUAUGGAAGAAAAAGUGUUGGCAGGCAAAAAGUUAAUAAGACUAUUGUAUUUUCAGAAGGUGAUGAGAAUGAUAUGGAUAUCACCAAGAGUUAUACAGUGGAAAUAAAUCAUAAAGCUUUAUUAUAUGAACAAGAUUCCCAUUUGACAGAAACUUCUAAAACUGUUUUGUAUACAUGUGGGCAAGAUGACAUGGAAGUCACUAAAAGUCACACAACUGCCUUAGAAUGUAAAACUGGCUCACCAGAUAAAAUAACCACUAGGCCUAUAGAAAAAACUGUAAUGUUUAUAGAUAAUUACAAUGAGCUGGAAAUGACAAAGUCCCACACUGUUUUCAUUGACUACCAAGCAAAGGAGAGGACUGUGCUUACAGACAGACUUGACUUUGAAGUAUCCAAAAGGAAUAGCCUAGAAAAGCCAAAAGUGUCACCUGCUUCUACUGAGGAGAAUGUUUCCUUUCCAGAGAAUGGUGAAAGUGACCAUUCAGCAGCAAAAGUCAAUGAGCUAACACUAGCAAGGGGAUGGUCUAACAAUGGUCCUGUAGAGAAAGCUGUAGGAUUUAUAGCUGGUGAUCAUAUGGAAGUGUCUAAAUCAAGCUUUUGGGAAAAUAAUGAAGAUGUACAGAAGCCUGAAUUUCUGAAUGAAACUAUAGCAGGCAAAAGUCAGAGAAGGAAGAGCCUUAGACUAAAAAAUAACAAGACUGCUGCAUUUUCUAAAAAUGAUAAAAAUGAUAUGGAUAUCACCCAUAGCUAUACAGUAGAAAUAAACAAAACUGCCCUGGAAGAUAGAGAGAAUUCCCAUUUGGUACCUUUGGCAGGAGAUUCUAAAACUGUUUUGUAUACAUGUGGGCAGGAUGACAUGGAGAUGACUAGAAGUCACACAACUGCCUUAGAAUGUAAAACUGUCUCACCAGUUAAAAUAACUACCAGGCCGAUAGAAAAAACUGUAAUGUUUGUAGAUAAUCACAGUGAUCUGGAUGUCACCAAGUCCCAUACUGUUUUCAUUGAUUGUCAAGACACGGAGAAAGUUCUUCAAGAGUACCCUAAAUUUGGAAUAGCUAAUGGAAAAAUCUUGGGUAUUUCUUUUCAUAAUGAUGGUAGCUCUGUUCAAGAAAACAUUGAAAAACAAGCACUGGCGGUAGAAAACAAAAUUGUUCUUUACACUAAGCAAAAGCAUCAUGUGAUACCUUCUGUUCCUACUAAUACAUUGUCUGGGGGUCAAAGUGAGUUAGAAAUUAUCAAAUUCAAAAGCACUGUGGAUGAAGAGGUCAUGGGGAGUGUUGUAGACCAGGCCUGUACACUGGAAAAAGCCAAAAUUGGAAGCUGUCAGUUAAAUAGUACAGAAAAAAGAAAUAAGGAUUUUACAAAUAGUCAUGCAACUGCUAUGUGUGGAUCCAGUGAUAAUUAUUCCCAUUUACAAAAUGCUAUUUCCUGUUUUGAUAAUUUGGAGGGGAAUGCCAUGACCUUAGGUGAUAAAGAUGAGAAGACCAGUAAUUGUCCAGUGCAAAAUGACCUUACUUAUGUAAACAAUUUAGCCAAUGAAUAUUACUUGAAAUCUAAGGGACUACCUCUCUCUGCUUCUUGUUCUUUGUUAGAAAAGGAAAAAGUGACUCGAACCACUAUCAAAGGACAGCCAGACUGUGUUAAAACAGUGCUCAAAGAUCAAGAUCUGAUUAAGGAGCCCCCAAAUUUAAUAGCUAAUCAGACUUUACUACCUAGUCAAGAUCUGGGGGAGAUAACUAAACCUAAUUCAAAACGAGUAUCUUUUAAACUCCCAGAAGAUCAAAUGGAGGGCUUUGUUGAUAUGCCAGAACAUAAUUUAAAGAUGACCUUUGUUGAUGAUGUUUGUGUUACUUCUCAGCCUCAUCUCUCAAGCCAGCUACCUCUAUUACCUCAACAAAGACAGAUAAUUGUGAAUAAAGAUGAAAUGAUAUCAUCUCAUGCUGGAAAUAAGAAUUUAAAUAUUGUCACAGAAAAUUCCUCUGUACCUACAUGUGAAAAUGAGUCCAAAAUGCUCAAUAAUGACCAACAGUUUACUAUACCCUGUAAAAAAGAGCCGAGGAAGAAUAUUCAGGCAGCUAAAUGUAAUACAGAUUUCCACAGUAAUUCAGACUUGCCUAAGCAAGUUAUUCAAACUCAUGCUAAUUCUAGAGAAGCAUUGGAUCCUGCAAUUGCAUCUAAUACUGCAAGUUUUAGUAGUGUCAGAUCUAAUCUGAAUAAUUUGAAUGGAAAACCUGAAGAAUUUUUAAAUUUCCAAACUCCUCAUGUACCACCUUCCCCAGAACAAUUACUUGGGUUAACAAAUAAGGCACACAAUCAUAUGAGUAUAGUGCAAGCUACAGAAAUACAUAGUAUUAACACAAUGCCCAGCAAUGUUGAAGAUGAUAGAGAUGAAGAAAGUAAAAUUUCUCAUAAUGGAACUGAAACUAACUCUGUACCACUCACGACAGUUGUAAAAGAUAAAGUGAGGCGAUGUUCCCUGGGAAUAUUUUUGCCCAGAUUGCCAAACAAGAGAAAUUGUAGUGUCACUGGUAUUAAUGACCUGAAGCAGUUUCAAGCAGACGCAACUGAUUUAAAUCACUUAGAAACUCAACCAGUCUUCAGUAAGGAGUCAAGCAUUGAAUUUGGUGCAGCUAAACUGACCUUAAGUCCAUCUCAAUAUAUAAAUGAAGAAAACCUUCCUGCAUAUCCUGGUGAGAUUAAUUCCUCAGAUUCUAUUACCAUAGAAACUGAGGAAAAGUCUUCGAUUGAGACAUAUCAAAAAGAGGUUUCACCAUCUGAAAAUAAAAUAAGAGAAAUCUGCAAUAGCCAAAAAAGAACCUGGAUACAAGAAGAGGAUGAUAUGCAGAAUGAGAAAAAAAUCAGGAAAAGUGAGAUUAGGUUUAGUUAUACUGCACAAGAUCAGGAGGUUUUUGAUCACCAUGCUGAAGGGGAUAUAGAUAAAAAUGCUAACAGUGUUUUGAUAAAAAGCCUGAGCAGGACACCAUCUAGUUGCAGCAGUUCUCUUGAUUCAAUCAAGGCCGAUGGGACCUCUCUCGACUUCAGCACACAGCACAAUAGUCAAAUGGAAUCACAGUUUCUCAGAGACACUAUUUGUGAAGAGAGCUUGAAGGAGAAACUGAAAGAUGGGAAAAUUACAUUAAAGGAGUUCUUUAUACUUCUUCAGGUCCACAUUUUGAUACAGAAACCUCGACAGAGCAAUCUCCCAGCCAAAUUUACUAUAAACACACCACCUACGCCAGAAGACCUGAUGUUAAGUCAGUAUGUUUACCGACCCAAGAUACAGAUUUAUAGAGAAGAUUGUGAAGCUCUUCGGCAGAAGAUUGAAGAAUUAAAGCUUUCUGCAUUGAACCAGGAUAAACUGUUGACUGAUGUAAAUAGGAACCUGUGGGAAAAAAUGAGACACUGCUCUGAUGAGGAGCUGAAAGCCUUUGGAAUUUACCUGAACAAAAUAAAAUCACGUUUUACCAAGAUGACUAAAGUCUUCACUCACCAAGGAAAAGUGUCUCUCUACAGCAAGCUGGUACAGUCAGCUCAGAAUGAGAGGGAGAAACUUCAGAUAAGGAUAGAUGAGAUGGACAACGUACUUAAGAAGAUUGAAAACUAUCUCACUGAGGUUGAAAUAGAAACUAAGAAUUUGGAGGAUGGAGAGAAAGACAGUCCUAUGGAAGAAUGGGAUUCUGAAAUGAGAGCUGCAGAGAAAGAACUGGAACAGCUGAAAACUGAAGAAGAAGAGCUUCAAAGAAAUCUUUUAGAACUGGAAGCACAGAAAGAACAGACCCUUGCUCAAAUAGACUUUGUACAAAAACAAACAGAUAGAACUGAAAAGCUACUGGAUCAGUUGAGCUUGUCUGAGUGGGAAGUCAUUGAGUGGAGUGAUGAUCAAGCUGUAUUCACCUUCCUUUAUGACACAAUAGAACUCACCAUCACCUUUGGAGAGACAGUAGUUGGUCUCCCUUUCCUGGACAAAGCUUAUAGGAAGAUUGUUGACCUGAAUUUUCAAUCUCUGUUGGAUGAGGAUCAAGCUCCUCCUUCUUCCCGUUUAGUUCAUAAGCUUAUUUUCCAGUACAUUGAGGAACAGGAAUCCUGGAAGAAGAAAUGUACAACACAGCAUCAAGUACCUAAGAUGCUUCAAGAAGUCUCACUGGUAGUGAGCCAUUGUAGACUCCUUGGAGAGGAAAUUGAGUUUUUAAAGAGAUGGGGACCAAAUUAUAACCUAAUGAACAUAGAUGUGACUAAUACUGAAUUGAGACUUUUAUUCUCCAGCUCUACAGCAUUUGCAAAAUUUGAGAUAACUUUGCCUCUCUCAGUCCAUUUUCCAACUGUCCCAUUACCUUUCUCCAUUCAAAAUCACCUUGGAAACAUUGGCCAAGAUGAAAUCACUGCAAUUCUAUCUAAAGUGCCACUGGAGGACAACUACCUAAAGAAUGUAGUCAAGCAAAUUUACCAAGAUCUGCUUCAGGACUGCCAUUUCUACCACUAGACGCAUGGACUAUAGCUACAAGAGCCAAGCACAGUGCACUUCAUAAUGAUAUUAUGUCAGCUUAUCUAUCUCUGUUUAAUUUUUGUCUUUAGGUCCUAGAAAGAAGCCUAGUAAAAUUCCUUCUCAUGA